CGACGCUCAGUCUACUUCGGCACUUCGUACACGUAGCGUCAACUGGUGAAUUGCAAUUAACAUCUCAUUUAAAUUUCCCGCUUCACACCUCAAAAACCUGUGUGCGAUCCUAGUGAAGAUAAUCGGUACUAACGAAUUUCAAAAUAAAUGCGCGCGCGAUUUUUUUUUUUUAGAACUCAAAAAAAAAACAACAUGAAUCACAAAAUAAAGGAAAAAAAUUAAUUAUUAUUUCAUUUAGAAAUAAUCUUUUUUUUUGUUUGCAAUAAUUAACAAUGAAACGUGGGACUAAAAAUAAAAAAUGUGCAAUAUAGAGAAGGGAAAAUAAUACUCAGGAAAAAAACAACAACGCCACAAGAGAGUGGGAAUGAGAAAUAGCGAUCGAUGGAGGUCCGUGGUAUGAGAAACUGGGACCAUCGGCUUCAGUGGUUGAUAAUAGCCUCUCGAUUGUGCAACUAUCUCUAUAUAAUACCAAAGCGGCAAGCGACGAAUUCACUUGGACUUGAAAGCAUCAAGGUUAUACACGAUGUGCUUGGAAAGCCCAAUUGUGAAAUUUGUCCUCGAAAAUGAUGCAAUCAUUAAAAGUUCGAAAUUAUGAUAAGGAUUUAUAAUGCAGUUUAAAUAAUUCAAAAAAUAAUAAUAAUAAAAAUACCAAUAAUAGUAAUAAUAAUAAUAAUAAUAUAGAAAAUCGCAAUAAUGCCAUGUGUAUUGUUUCUCAAGGGACAUUAAUUAUGCAGACUAAUCAGUCCCCGGAAUAAUGGUGAUGAGGGUUGGCAUUGAAAUGCCUUCCAAAACUUGGCAAGCGUGUGACGUAUCUUUAUUAAUAUGACCACGAGGGACACAGCCUCAUUCGUCGGAGACUUGUCCGACACUCAUUCAUUUCGGACCAGUCAAAAAACGUGAGUGAAAUCUUUAAUUUGUGGAGUGAAAUCGUCUCUCUUCAUUUUAUAUAUAUGUGAAAGGAGAGAAUUUAUUCAUAGCAACUUGGUAUUUUCGUUAGGUACGCCACAGUGGUAACACACAAAGUGCAUCGUUUUUAAAUUCUCUUAUUUCUCAAAAAUUUGCCAAAAAAGUUAAGACUUUUUUCACUGUGGAAGGAAGUGCGGUCUUUUUUUUUCGAUUUCCCUUGUGUCCUCUUCGUCUGGCAUGAGUUCGUAUGUCAUCGACCGUCGGUAUGAUCCUUUCAUUCCUCCGAGUUGACUGCCCUCAAAGGGUCUCUAAACACAUCUUGAUCAUUAUCAUCAUCAAAUCACGAAAUUGGAUCACACAUCAUAAAAGACACUUGGUCAUGAGUGGGCCACCCUCAAGGAAUGGAAGUCGUAACUGAAUCAAAUUCAGGCAACAUUGAUCGUGAGAUCUUAACGAGAAAUAUAAGUCAAUUAUUAUUGACAAAAUUAAUUGAACCAACAUUAACGGAAAAUAAAUUAAGCGAUUUUGAAAUUAUUGAAAAUGUCGAUAAUGAUGAUAAUGAGAAUCGUAAUAUAAUUUUAUUGAUUCUUAAAGGUGUGGUGAUUAUAAAUAUAAUUGUCACGGCAAUUCUUGGUAAUGUUUUAGUUAUUGCAAGUGUAAGAAGACAUAGAAAAUUACGUGUACCAACUAAUCGUUAUGUGGUUAGUUUGGCAGCUGCUGAUUUACUUGUUGCUAUUUGUGCAAUGAGUUUUAAUGCAUCUGUUUUAUUAUCGGGUAAAUGGAUAUUUGGUCGUUUCAUGUGUGACAUGUGGAAUUCAUUGGAUGUUUAUUUUUCAACUGCAUCGAUUUUACAUCUUUGUUGUAUCAGUGUCGAUAGAUAUUAUGCAAUAUUAAGACCCCUUGAGUAUCCGGCAAUUAUGAAGAGAAUCACUGUCACGUGCAUGUUGGCAAGCGCAUGGACACUGCCUGCACUCAUCAGUUUCAUUCCAAUUUUCAUGGGAUGGUAUUCCACUGAGAAGCAUUUAGAAUUUCUCAGAGACAAUCCACAGGUGUGCAUCUUUGCUGUGAAUCGACCAUUUGCAUUGAUAAGCUCGUCAGUAUCAUUCUGGAUACCAGGAAUUGUCAUGAUUAUUAUGUACUGUAAAAUCUACAAGGAAGCUGUGAGACAAAAGGAAGCCUUGAGUAGAGCGUCAAGUAAUACUAUACUGAAUAGCAUUCACCAACAUCGAAUGUCCACAUCGAGACAUCAUUCGAGAACCUCUCAUCAACUUUUACUACACCCAAGCGAUGCCAGCGAUUAUGGCAGGCCCAAUUACAGAUCAGCGAUUGAGUUAAACAUCGAAAAUGGCACAACGAUACGACAACAAUCGAAAAGUUGGCGAGCAGAACACAAGGCUGCCAGAACAUUAGGGAUAAUUAUGGGUGCAUUCCUUCUUUGCUGGCUGCCUUUUUUUACAUGGUAUUUGACAGCCUCAUUGUGCGCCGACGCAUGUUAUUUUCCCGAUGCCGUUGUAUCAGUUUUAUUUUGGAUAGGGUACUUUAACAGUGCCUUGAAUCCAUUAAUUUACGCUUAUUUCAAUCGUGAUUUUCGUGAAGCCUUCAAGGACACAUUAAAAAGUGCACUACCAUGCUGCGAAAGUUGUUGGAAAGCACCAUCACAAUUUGUCUAGCGAGAAACUAAUUCCGGUGAUUCAAAAUCAUCCGGACAAUGUAGUUGGCAUCAAAUGGUAAAUAUGCAACCAAAAUGGAUUCGUCGUCGUAAUUCUUCACAUCAUCGGAAUAAUAAUAAUGAUUCGAAUCCAAACAAUUGUUCCUAAAAUUCUCUUCAAAAACUUCCCCUCCCCCAAAAAAUUCCUUAACUUCAAAACAACAAUUCCAAGAUCAAUUAUCCAAAACAUUAAAUACUAUUUGAUCACUUGUUGCAUAUCGAGCAAUAAAAAAAAAACAUGACAAAAAAAAACGGCGGGAAAUUAAAAUUAAGAAAUUUUCAAAAAAAAAUAGAAUAAUCUCUGCCCUUUGGUAAAAUAAUAAUAAUAAUAAUAAUAAUAAAUGGUGGCCUGCGAUUGAUUGCAAUGCUCACUUAUACGCUCUCUCUCUUUUUCUAUAUAUAUAUAUAUAGGAACCAAAGAGAUGAACCGGUGAAAUUUUAUGGCGCAAUAAAAGCGCCCAAAGCUCAACGUGACGUUGUAUAAAAAGCGCUUUUAGAAGAUUAGCGUCUUGUGUAAAUACGAGAGGAUGUAGGAAGAAAAUUCGACUGAUGUGAGUCGUUAUUUAAACUAUUUUUAGUUGAAAAAUACUUAGUCUCAAAAUUAAAUUGCCCACUAUAUACUUGUUUCGAAAUAUUUCAGAAACAUUAAUAAAUAUUCUCAUUUUAUUUAUUAUAUAUACUCAUUCGCAUUUAAAUAUAUAAUUUUUAAUAUAAAGUUAUCAAUUUAAAAAGAAUAAACUUUUUUCUUUCUUUUUACAAAAAGAGUUUUAAAAAAAAAAAAUUUUUUCAAUUACAUGGAAAUUUCAUAUUUUUUGCAAAUUGAAAAAAAUGUCGAAAUCAAAAAAAAAACAUAUAUUUUACUUCAAAAAGUUAAAAAUAUUAUUUUCAAAAAAAAAAAAAUGAAAAUAUAAAAGUUAAGUGAGAAAAAUGCUUUAUAGAUAAAAUCUAUGUGCAAAAAAAAAAUUUUUAGCUAAUCAUAGUGAUAUAGUUCCAUUUGAAAUUAAAUUUUCUCGUAUAAAAAUUUGGAAUUAAAGUAUAUGAGAAAAAUUAGAUUUUUGUUUGUUACAAUUUUUACACACAUAUAUAAAUAUAGUCUGAAUUAAUUUUUUAACAGUAGUUCUAAAAAAAAGGAACAAUUUAUUUUUGUUAAAAAUGAAAAAAAAACUGUGUAAAACUUGUAAAUCUACGACUUACUAUAAUAAUAUAUACAUAUAAUAAAUAUAUAUGUAUAAAAAUUCUAUAUUAUGUAAAUAUUGUAAAUAUGACUUAUAACACGUUGUUCAAUCACAUAUUUUCUGUGAUAAUCCAUUAUAUAGUAAUUAAAACUUUUUUACGCUCUUGAUUGUUUUUUCAGUAACACCUGUUUGUUGUGUGAUAGAAUUUGUGAUUAAAAAAAAAAUCCCUUUUUUUUACAUAUAUAUAGAAAAAUUAAUUCUUUUUUCAAAAAAUACGAUUUUACGAAUAAAAAAUCGAACUUGCGACGAACGUCAUUUUUCUUUUCUUUUUUCGUUUUUCUUUUUUGUUUAUAAACUCGAAAUUACAACGAAACGUCGCACGUGUUGUAAAACAAAAAACAAAAAAAAAAAAAAAAAUUGUAGCAUCGCGAAAAAAAAUUUCUUGAAUCUCCAAAGAGAUUAGGUAUGAAUGCUAUGUAAAUAUACUGCUAUAAUGAAUAAUAUUAAAAUUGUAAUAUAUAUUAAGAAAAAAAAAAAAAAUGAAAAAUCAACGUGACAAAAAUAUUAUCGACGAAAUUGUAAAGCUUAUUGACACAGACAAUUGUAAGAAUUAUAUGAGUGCGAUGAUUAUUAUGAAAGGUGUGUGAUAAUAUAAUAUUAUUGUGACGAGAAAAAGAUGAAGAUAAGAAUGAUUAUACUGACGAUAAUAAAAAAGUGAUGAUAACUGUU